AUGAGCCAACUCUAUCGAACCCUCACCGGCCAAUCGCAUCAGUCUCAUCGUUCUGAUCACUCUACUCAGGCCCAGUCGACCGUGACGAGAACAACCACCACCGAUCCUCUCACCGGCACCCUCAAUCACCUCACUGCCGCCCAAGAAGAAAGACUUGUAGAAUUCAAGAAAGAACUGCAAGUGGGAGGGUGGUGGACGCCUGACGGGGUCAAUGGCAAACCCUCCCACGAUGAUGCGACGCUUCUCCGAUAUCUGCGAGCUCGCAAGUUCGAUGUGAAGGGGGCAAUUGGCCAGUUCACAGACACAGAGAAAUGGCUAAAGGAUCAGCGGGUGGAUGAGCUUUACAACCACUUCGAUGUUGAAACCUACGAAAAGGCGCGUCUGAUGUAUCCCCAAUGGACCGGCCAUCGAGACAAGCGAGGAAUUCCGAUCUACGUCUACGUGAUCAAGGGACUCGACGGCAAGAAUGUGUCCAAAUAUCAGAAAGAGUCGCAAACAUACAAAGACAGUCUUCCCUACCACAAGAACCUCCCCACCCCAGCCAAAUUGAUCCCUCUGUUCGCCCUAUACCAAAAUCUACUCAACUUUGUCCUCCCUCUGGUUUGUACGCUCGAACGGCCGAAUCCCGAAGUUCCCGUGACGAAUUCCACAAAUAUUGUCGAUAUCUCUGGCGUCGGACUGACUCAGUUUUGGAACUUAAAGAACCAUAUGCAGGACGCCAGUAUACUGGCCACCGCACACUACCCCGAGACGCUGGACAGGAUAUUUAUCAUCGGCGCUCCUUCGUUCUUCCCUACCGUAUGGGGUUGGGUCAAACGAUGGUUCGAUCCGGUAACCGUGUCCAAGAUCUUCAUCCUCGGCAAGAACGACAUAAAGCCAACUCUUUCGAAAUUCAUGGAGACCAAGGACUUCCCGAAACGCUAUGGCGGUGACCUGGACUGGGAAUGGGGCCAGCUCCCACAUCUCGACGAUGAAACGCGUGCUGCUUUAGAGAAGGAUGGAAAUAAAGGCUGGGUUAGAGGCCCAUGUCAAUGGCUUGACGGGAAGCGGGUGGUUGUCGGCUCUGAACAUGGCAAAUUACGAACUCCGGACGAAGAAGUCGAGAAGAAGCGGCCUGUUGCUUAUGCUGCAGACUACACAGAGCUUCCUGUCCACGCUGGCAAAGGUCUAUCGCAUGUAUCAACGCUCACUGCCAAAAGUGGAACGAAUGGUACUGCCGAACCUCAUCGUGAAGCUGAAGCCGAAGCUGCCGCGGCGACAGGUGGUACUACCGCGGCCGCUCUGAUCGAGAGCAAAACAGAGACCAAAGAACCGGAACAACCAUCGACUACAGGACAGCCUGCAGAACAGCCCACGACGAACGGUACGCCAGAAAGCUCGCCAUCACAGCCUCAGCCUGGACCUGUACCCGCGCACGCCGCGGCAAUGACUCAAGCCAUCGCAGACAAGCUGAGCGGCGAGUCAGUCUCAAUCAUUCCAGCGACAGCAAACGGAGUUGCAACAAAAGGCGACAACACAGGGCAUGGCGAAGUGAUUGUUGCAAGCGAUCCAGCCAAGGGUUUAACUAUCGAAGCCGAGAGGCUGGCCUUGACCGACCAGAACGGCCACCGCGGAGACGAAAAGGAGAAGGAAAUCGAGCGGCCCCCGAUGGAAAGAUUUGUCACGGCUGCGGAGGUGUAG